GAAAGGGGCCACAGGCUCUUUCGUCUGGGCCGCCAACAUGCCAUCCAGACUGAGGAAGACCCGGAAACUUCGGGGCCACGUGAGUCACGGCCACGGCCGCAUCGGCAAGCACCGGAAGCACCCCGGAGGCCGUGGUAAUGCUGGUGGAAUGCAUCACCACAGGAUCAACUUCGACAAAUACCACCCAGGUUACUUUGGGAAAGUUGGUAUGAGGCAUUACCACUUAAAGAGGAACCAGAGCUUCUGCCCAACUGUCAACCUUGACAAAUUGUGGACUUUGGUCAGUGAGCAGACACGGGUGAAUGCUGCUAAAAACAAGACUGGAGCUGCUCCCAUCAUUGAUGUGGUGCGAUCGGGCUACUAUAAAGUUCUGGGCAAGGGAAAGCUCCCAAAGCAGCCUGUCAUCGUCAAGGCCAAAUUCUUCAGCAGAAGAGCUGAGGAGAAGAUUAAGGGUGUUGGGGGGGCCUGUGUCCUCAUGGCUUGAAGCCACAUGGAGGGAGGUUCAUUAAAUGCUGAGUACUUGUUAAAAAAAAAAAAGAAAGAAAGAAAGGGGCCACAGGACCCAUGCAAGUAUGAAACCUAGAAGGGCAGUUAUUAAAUUAUAAGAAUUCAAAAUAAUUAUUUUUGACUCUCUGUCCCAUUUCCUGGACAUAUUAAUGCUUUGGGAAAGUCUGACCUUGUGGCUCUGCCUGGUUCAGCCCCUACAGCUGCUCUCAUGGGCUGGUAUUGUUUGCCUCUGACUUUUCAUGGUGCAAAUCUCAAGCUGUAGCUGGAUCUACCAUUCUGGGGUCUGGAGGACAAUGAUCCUCUCCUCGUAGAUCUACUAUGCCAUGCCCCAGUGGGGCCCCUGUAUGGGGACUGUAAUCCCACAUUUCUUCUCUGCAUUGUUUUAAUAGAAAUUCUCCAUGAGGGCUCCACCACUGCAGCAUGUUUCUGCCUGAACUCCCAGGCUUUUGCAUAAUUUUUUGAAAUAAAGGUGGAGGCUUUCAAGUCUCAACUUUUGCAUUUUGUAAUAGGCUUAACAGCACAUGGAAGCUACCAAGGCUUAUGACUUAAACCCUCUGAAGAAGUGACUGGAGUUGUAACUGGGCCAAUCUGAGAUACUCCUGGAGCUGGAGCGGUGGCCAGGAUGCAGGAAGCCAUGUUCCAAGGCCUCCCAAGAGAGUAUGGUCCUCAGCCUGAUCCCAGAAACUAUUGUCUUAUUUUAGAUCUCAGGGCCUGUGAUGGAAGGCUGCCUCUUAGAUUUCUAAAAUGCCUUCAAGUCCUCCAUCUCAUUGCCUUGGCUAUCAAUACUUGUUUUUUUUUUAAAUUAUGCAAAUAUCUCUAACAUUGGUUGCUCCACAGCCUACUUGAAUUUCUCUCUUAUAAAAGCUCUUUAUUUUUCUGCCACAUGGUUAGCCUGCAAAGUUUUCAAAAUUUUACACCAUGCUUCUUUUGUAUAUAGAAGUUACAACUUAUUUUUUUGGCUCCAGCAUGUAAGUAUAAGUUGUUAGAAGCAUCCAGGCCAUAUCUUGAAUGCUUUGCUUCUUAGACAUUUCUUCCAAAAGAAAUCCUAAAUUGUCACACUCUCAAAUUCAAACGUUUAUAUAUCUCUAGGGCAUGCACUUGGCUGAGACAUAACAUGCAUGACCUUUGCUUUGGUCCCAGUAAGUUCCUAAUUCUCAUGCGAGACCACCUCAGUCUGGCCUUCACUGUCCAGAUUACUAUCAGCAUUUUGGUCACAGCCAUUCAACCAGUCUUUAAGAAAAUAUCAACGUUCCCUCAUUUUUCUGUCUUCUUCUGAGUUCUACAAACUCUUCCAACCUCUGCCUGUGUACCCAAUUAUGAAGCUUAUUCCACAUUUUUAGGUAUUCUUACAACAAUUUUCCCUUUUUGGUUUCAAUUUUUUGUAUUAAGCCAUUUUUGCAUUAUUAUGAAUGCCUGAGACUGGGUAAUUUAUUUUUAAAAAGGAAGUUUAACUGGCUCAUGAUUCUACAGGCUGUAAAGAAGACAUAGCCCUGGCAUAUGCGUCUGGGGAGGCCUCUGGAAGUCUACAAUCAUGGCAGAAGAUGAAGCAGAAUCUUGCACAUCACAGGACAAAAAGCAGGAGCAAAAAACAAAGGAGUUCUUGUUUGUUUGUUUUGAGACAGAGUUCAGCUCUGUCACCAGGCUGCAGUGCAGUGGCUCAGUGUCGGCUCACUGCAACCUUCACCUCCCAGGAUCAAGUGACUCUCCUGCCUCAGCUUCCUGAGUAGCUGGGACCACAGGCUGGAGUGCAGUGGCACAAUCUUAGCUCACUGCAACCUCUGCCUCUCAGAUUCAGGCCAUCCUCCCUAGGGACUGGAGAUGGAGUCUUGCUUUGUCACCAAGUCUGGAGUGCAAUGCUAUGAUCCAGGCUCACUGUAACUUCUGCCGCCUGAGUUCCAGCAACUCUCCUGCCUCAACCUUCCUAGUAGCUGGGAUUACAGGCAUGAGCCACCAUGCCUGGCUAAUUUUUUGUAUUUUUAGUAGAGACAGGGUUUCAUCAUGUUGGCCAGGCUGGUCUUGAAUUCUUGUUCUCAAGUGAUCCACCUGCCUUGGCCUCCCAAAGUGUUGGGAUUACAGGAGUGAGCCACCGUGCCUGGCCACUCUACCCUCAAUACAACAGCUAGUACAAUCCUUUCACAGUGGAAUCAAGAUCAUAAUUAUGUCUCUGUUCAGACUCUCGAGUGGCUUUGUUUUGUACAUGACCUGGCCCCUGCUACCUGUCUCACUGUUCUUCCUGCUACUCUCCUGCUCUUACUCCUCUUUAUAAACACUGAGCUCAUGUUGUUUCCUUUAGCAUGCUAGACAGGCUUGAUCCUGUCCUGUCUCUGGGCCUUGCUGUUUCCUCUGCCUUGAACAUUCUUCCCCUACUCUCUGCAUGGCUCACUCUCUCACUGCUUUGGAUUACAGUUCAAAAGUCACUUUAUCAAGGGCUUCCAGGCUUCACUGAGACUUUGCUCACUACCUGUGGAGCUCUGUCCUGCAGACCUUGUCUGAGCAACGGAUGAAUGAAAUACUCUCUUACUUACGGAAUACAGUGCAAGAGUUGGGUUAAGGGGCCCUCAGCUGCUUUUAAAGGGUGAUUGAAGCUAAUUGACUACAACUCCUUGUUUCUUCUUGCAUUUAUUCAGUAUAAAUUUAAUAACAGGUUUUAAGUCAACACGGUUGUGAAUAAUUAACAUGUUUAAUAGAGUGGAUUUACUAGUCAUAAAAACCUUUGGUUCUGAGGCCCAGAAUAAACACCAUUAACUAGUAAUUCUUUUUCAACCUCCCCCGGGAGGGUCAUCUAGCACAAAGUUUAUAUGAGUAAACAGAGUAGAGACAAAGGAAUGUGGGGUAAACAGAUUUAACUGGGGAAGCUUUUAUUAUCUUAAUUUCCACCUUGUGACUUAAAGCUCUAAGGUAAGAACUGGCUGUCUUCAACCCGGCUCAUUAAAACAUUUUGGCUUUCCAAAAAGGUUUGAUACUAUAAUCUAUAACUUCCCUAAUAUUUUCCCUUAAUAUUUUGACAGCCACCAUGAGUGAAUCCCAACACUGCUCUGCAUAAAAUAUAUUCUUAAUUUAUAUUUUCUAUUUGAUGUCUGACCCCCCCUUGUCCUUCACUAAAAUGUAAACUCCAUAAGGGAAGGGAUUUUGUCUGUUUUGUUUUGUUGUAUCCCUAAAUACCUAGAAGGUGCUUAGUAAAUACUUGUUGGUUGAAUCAAUAAAUCAGCCUAUUAUUGAAUCAGUCAAUGUCUUCUGUAGAAGGGACUUCUCCUACCAGUGGUGCGUAUCUGUAUAAUAGCUGGCGUAGGGAGGGAUGUGGUCAGAAUGGCUCUGUCUGUGUGGACUAGUUUUGCUUAGCAUAAUCCCAGCAGGCUCCUAUUGAGGCUAAGCCACAAUUUCAGUCAUAUUAGUGUCAUUCUUUAAUCAUAAAGCCAGAGGAUGUUAAGAUUGGAAUUGAUCUGGGAGACUAUUCGGUCUACCUUUCUCGUGAUUUGUAUGAGAAUAACAGAGCCUAGAGAAAGUAAGUUAAUUACUCACAAUUGUAAAGCUGUAGAGGUCUACCUGAAAUUAGGCUUCUGACAUCAGAUUCUAUAGUCUUUCCUACAUGUGUUCCCCCCGGCUGAGACAGUUCGUGGGCUUUCAGAUUUGACAAUUUUCUCACCAGUCUCUAAACAGGAGCUUUUAUCUGCACAUUAUAGGUUAGCAUAGAGGAAUCAUGACCCUAAAAUGUGUGGGAAAAUCCCAAAGGUUGACCACUGUCAAUGGGAACUACCCCAGAUGUGUCAGGAGCACAACCGGCAUGCUCACUUCUUCACUGCCUGGAGCUGGACCUCAACUAGUUGCUACUGUCCUCCUGGAAUGUCUAGUAAAAUAAACACUAAAGCUUUGCAGUCCCCUGAAAGACCAUGAAGCCCUGAGAGUAAUGUACAGAUUCCUGAAAUUGAGAGUUAACGUAACAGGGAAGAAGACACAUGGCCUGUUCUUGAACAUGGGAUGUGAACUCUGUAACAUAGACUGUCUCUCAUAAGGCUUUUUUCAGCUCAAAGAGCAAGGCUCAGACAGCUUGCUCUUGUGCCUAACAGACAGCCUUCUGUCUGAAGACUGGAGAAAGAGCUCCAGUGAGAUUUACUGUGAGGUACUGGCUCAAGUAACUGUGAAAACUGUAAAGCUCCACAGCCUUGCAUCUGCAAGGUGAAGAUCCAGGAAAGCCCAUGGCUUCGUUCAAAGGCCUGAGAGUCAGAAGUCAAGGGCAAGAGAAAACUGGUGUUCCAGCCCCAUUUUUGGGCAGAGAGGGAAUUCAAUCUUCCUCCACCUGUUGCUCUCUUCUGGCCUGAAGAACAUUGGACGAGGCCAGCCCAUGAUCCUCACUCAGUCCACUGAUUCAAACGUUUAUCUUCUCCAGAAACAUCCUCAUAGACACACCCAGUAUUAUGCUUUAACAGCCAUCUGAGCCUCUCAUGGCCCAGUGAAGUCGACACAUAAAAUUAUCACAUAAGAACAAACCUUCAAAUUCAGGUUGUUUUUCAAUGCCUAAGUAUGAAGUUCUAAAAAGCAUGUACCUAUGAGGUAUUAGAAUGAAUACAUCCUUGUUUAAUUACCAUAAUAGAAUACAUAAAGUAAUAUUUUGUCUUAAAUAUGUCUUUAAUAUAAAUAUACCUAUUAUGUUCCAUCA